AAUAUAACAGUUUUUAAAUUUAAAUCAUUUCUAAAUUGAUGUUGGCAACCAGGAUGACUUCAUGAUUGACAUUAGUCAGAUACGAAAUAAUACCGAACAAUGGAUCACUCAUCGGUAAUUACCCCGUUUUAGUCAAGUUUCGUGUUGUAAAUUAAACAGUAAAGUAUAUCGUUAAAGAGAAGAAUGGCCGAUCAAUCAAUGUUUAACCACAGAGAAAUAGGUGGAUUGGUUGUGAGGUUAACUUUGGUCUCUGCUGUAACGUUUGUAACCAUAAAAUGGCUAAUCAACCACAUGGACCCCACCAACAAGGGGAAAAAUCAAGCCAGGAAGAAAGCACAGGAAAUAAUCAAAAAGUUGACAGAUGCAACAGAUAACAAAUCCAUUGAAAUAGGUUCUCUUUCGGACUAUGAAAUGGUAAUUGCAUCACAUCUUAUCCAUCCAGACGAUAUCAAGAAUGAUUGGUCAGACAUCGCUGGACUGGAUCCUGUCAUACAGGAGCUUAAGGAAACUGUCAUAUUGCCGAUACAGGAGAAGGAACUGUUUGCAAAUUCUCAGCUGACAACUGCACCGAAAGGUGUUUUAUUGCAUGGUCCUCCUGGCUGCGGCAAAACACUGAUUGCAAAAGCGACUGCCAAACAGGCCAAAACGCGUUUCAUUAACCUGGACAUCUCUAUCCUAACUGACAAAUGGUAUGGCGAAAGCCAGAAAUUUGCGGCCGCCGUUUUUACAUUGGCAGUCAAACUCCAGCCUUGCAUUAUAUUCAUCGAUGAGAUUGACUCUUUUCUGCGCAGCCGCAAUAGCUCGGACCACGAGGCAACGGCUAUGAUGAAGGCGCAGUUCAUGCAACUGUGGGAUGGAUUAAUCACAAACCCAGAUUGCACAGUCAUUGUAAUGGGGGCGACGAACAGACCGCAGGACUUGGACAGGGCGAUUUUAAGGAGGAUGCCGGCCACGUUCCACGUACCGCUUCCUAAUGCCUCUCAGCGUUACCAAAUUUUAAAUUUGAUUUUGAAGAAUGAGCCAGUGGCACCCGACGUUGAUAAAAAUGCACUGGCGCAGUGUACGGAAGGUUUUUCCGGUUCCGAUUUGAGGGAGAUGUGCAGGAACGCGUCGGUGUUCCGUGUGAGGGACUAUUUAAAAAACAGAGUGGAGAACAGGACGACUUCUACAAGUUCGGAGGACGAGUACCAUGAGGCUUUGAGACCGAUCACGAUGGACGAUCUUAAGAUCUCAUUCUCGAAGAUGCGCGAGAGCAAGAUACAGUGCGGAUCGAUGCCAAUGCAAACUAGGAUCGAUCUUGAUUAGCAACCGUGGUUCCAGUAUUUGGGGCCGGUUUUGGUAGACCUUGAUUAUUAUGUGAACUUGUAUAAUGAGUAUUCUAUCUCUUUUGAAAGAUGCAAAUGAAAUAGUAGUGAUUAAGCAAAUUAGAAGUGAAAAUUAAUUUAUGUAAUGCACUUUAAAUAAAUGUAUAUAACUAGCUUUGAA